GCGGAAGGACCCAAAAGAAGGCCAGAAGUGGAACUCACAUAGGUCUCGAGGACUAAUCAGUCUGAAGAGACUGCCAAGCAUAGCACACUGCAACAAGGAUUGCAACCAGGUGAUAAAUGGAAUGUUAAUAUAGGGAAAACUCCUGGUAAAGAACACAGGGUAUUGGUUUGCCCAACUAACAUACUACUUGGGAAAAAAACUCCCUUCUAAAACAAUAACACUACAGGAAGAUUCACAACUAACAGUCAGUAUUGUUCCAAUGGAAAGUAUUAAUGGCAUUUCGAAUGACACUCCAAAAAUCGGAAGAUAUCGAUAUCGACCAAUAAUCGAUUAUAUUUCAGUGAUAGAUCAGAGAAAAAUUAUCGAUAUAUCAUAAUAUCGAUAUAUUGUUUGUUGAUGCUGUGCUGAUUAACUCCGAAAAAGUAUUUUGCUGGUAUUUUGUUCAUUUAGAUAGAUUUUGAAUACUGUUGCCCUUUAGUAGGUAUAUAAAAUUAAAAAUGAAAUAGUGAUAUCAUUUCAACUGCAAUGGAUUCAGAAGGAGAAGAGUGUGGAAGCCACAGUGGAUUUAGUCCAGUUCAGAUGCAGUACUUGGAUGCUCAAGGUCAAGACAACUCAAGGUCAAUGCUUCAUUCACAACAUCAAGGACCAUACAUGGACAACUGGGAUUGGCCAAUCCAUGAACCAGAUCAACAUCAAGACACCAUUGAAGAUAAGUAUCACAUCCAACUCAAUGUGGAUAAUCAAAGUGUAUACUUGGACCACAAUUACUCAAAACAUCCCAUUGAAAUAAUUCGGAUCAAACCAGAGGAACUAAUUGAAGAAGAUGAAGAAGAAGAACAACAACAACUUGGAGUAGAAGUUGAAGUGAGAAGUGGAGAAAUAAAGCAAGAGAGUGACACCUGUCUGCGGAUUGAAAGCAUCUAUUCUCUCUCCUCAGAUAGACUGGAUUCUGACACCUCAGUUAUAGAACACAUAAAAUUUGAAACCAAAGUUAAGGAGGAACAACAAUCUUUCAAAACAGACCAUUCAGAUGCAUUGAUGCAAACUGAAGGUUUUUCUUCUGAUGUAGUACCUGAAAAUUAUGAAAGUGAGAAUGUGUCAUCUGGAUUGUGUCUACCAUACUUUGAGGAACAAGAAUGUUCAAGCUCCAAUAGGUCUGUUGAUGCAACUCCUGGAAACACUACCAUGAAAGAUUCUGAAAAAAUUGGCAAUGAGGAGGACUUACUAAUUGAAAAUGCAAGGAAGAAUGUAAUUGAUGCAGCAAGUGAUGGUGAAUUAACAAAGUGUCAAUUGUGUGGUAAAGCUUUCAGCAGCACUAGAGAAUUGAAUCUUCAUUGCAGAAUAAUACACACAGCUGGAAAACAUGCUUGUAAAUUCUGUGACUACAAAACAUAUCAGAAAUCACAUCUCAUCACUCAUCUAAGGAAACACACAGGUGAAAGACCCUUCAGCUGUGAUUUGUGUAACUACAAAGCAAAACAGAAAUCACACCUCAUCUCUCAUCUAAAGUCACACACAGGUGAAAGAUCCUUCAGCUGUGACUUAUGUGACUACAAAACAACAUGGAAUUCACUUCUCAUCAGUCAUCUAAGGACACACACAGGUGAAAGACCCUUCAGCUGUGAUUUUUGUGACUACAAAGCAACACGGAAAUCACACCUCAUCUCUCAUCUAAAGUCACACACAGGUGAAAGAUCCUUCAGCUGUGAUUUGUGUAACUACAAAGCAAAACGGAAAUCACAUCUCAUCACUCAUCUGAAGUCACACACAGGUGAAAGACCCUUCAGCUGUGAUUUGUGUGAUUACAAAGCAACACAGAAAUCACAUCUCAUCAAUCAUCUAAGGACACACACAGAAGAUAGACCCUUCAGCUGUGAUUUUUGUGAUUACAAAGCAACAGGUAAAUCAGCACUCACUGUACAUCUAAAGACACAUACAGGAGAUAGACCCUUCAGCUGUGAUUUUUGUGACUACAAAGCUACACGGAAAUCAAACCUCAUCUCUCAUCUAAAGUCACACACAGGUGAAAGAUCCUUCAGCUGUGAUUUGUGUAACUACAAAGCAAAACGGAAAUCAGAUCUCAUCACUCAUCUAAAGUCACACACAGGUGAAAGUCCCUUUAGCUGUGAUUUGUGUGACUACAAAGCAAAAUGGAAAUCAAAUCUCAUCACUCAUCUAAGGACACACACAGGAGAGAAAGACCAUUAAGCUGUGAUCUCUGUGAUAACACAACAAAACAGAAAUCAACUAUCAGUAGACAUCUAGAGAGACACACUGGAUGAGGCCCUUCAGCUGAUAUUUCUUUGAUUACAAAGCAAAACAAAAAUCAACUAUUUUUAGACAUCUAAAGACACACACUGGAGGAGACCCCUCAUCUGAUAUUUCUGUGAAUACAAAGCAAGACAGAAAUCACUCAUCUAGAGACAUACACAGGAGAAAGAUGCUGAUCACAGUUCAAUAGCACUGCCCCAUUUUCUCUUCAUGUGCCUGUCAUUGGCUACCUCUCUUCAUGUGCCUGUCGCUGGCUACCUCUUUUCAUGUGCCUGUCAUUGGCUACCUCUCUUCAUGAGUGUGAUUUUUUGGUCAUGAGAAAUUUAUUUUCUUUUGAAAAAUGAAUUUUCUCACAUUAAGAUUUUGCUAACUGAGUCCGGGAAGACCCAAAUUUUUUGCAGGGUUGAAGUAUUCUCACGGAUACAUAUUUCCAUUAGCAAUGGAAAAUACUACUCCUGUAUUUGGGAAUAUUUUAAACUUGCACUUUCCUUUCCCAUGGAAUUGUGCUCUGCCUCCACAUAGACCAUCAUCUCGUUGGUGGAAGGGGAACAUGAUUUGGGUGGGAAAGAUCAGCUCCAAUCAAGCUGCGGCUGGCAUCAGAUAAAAAUCUAGAGGUAGCCUGGGGCCUCGAAGGCCCUAAUUGAACAUGUUACAUGUGGUGAAAUAUAAGUAGUGUAUAACUUCUAAAAAUGUUUGAUUCGAUUUCUUAAAAUUAUUUAAAGUAGUUUGAAUUGUGGAUGUUUUCUAUUGUUUAUUAUGAAUCUCAGUGAAAUUAACAACAAUGUUGUGUAGUGCAAAGUUAUAGUCGUGAUGAGAUUAAUAGUUCUAAAGAUUGCAAGUGACAUUAUAUUUUCUAGCUCAUGUUUCAGAAACCCAAAUUGACCGAGUCCCCAAAUUAUUCCUUGUAGUAGUAAAUGAAUAAAGAUCACUCUACCAUCUGUGACGAUUCUUUUCAGUGGCUACUUAAAAAACUAGUUCUUUAAAUCAUAUUAUGAAAAUCAAGGCAGAGGCAGCAAACAAUCUCGAAAUGUAAUAAUUAUCAAC